AUGGAGGACGUCAGGAUCGUCGGGAGCUUCGACUUGGACGCCGUCGGCGCGUACCCGACGACGCUGCCCAGCCCGAGGAUGGUCGCCGCAGCUGGACGAGACCUCCAAUUCAUCCAUUCCCCGCGCCAGCCGCCAUCGGGGUUCAGGAAGAGCCUCAACCCGAUCUACACCGACGACCACGGCACCACGGCCAGCAACUCUUCCACGACGACGGCGACAACAACGGAUUCGUCACCAUCAGCCGCCGCGGCAAGCCAUGACGAAGGCGCGCACGCUGCGACGGCGGCAGCGGCACGAGACUGCCCGCCGCUGCCGGCGUCCCCGGCGCCGCCUGUGCCCGCGCGGCGCCACACCGGCGGCGGCGGCGGGGACGGGCAGCGCUGGGAGGCCAUCCGCGCGGCCGAGCCCCCGCUGAGCCUGGGCCACUUCCGCCUCCUACGGCGCCUGGGCUACGGCGACAUCGGCAGCGUCUACCUCGUCGAGCUCCGCGGCGGCGGCGGCCGCGGAGGCGCGCUCUUCGCCAUGAAGGUCAUGGACAAGGGCUCGCUGGCCGGCCGGAACAAGCUGGCCCGCGCGGAGACGGAGCGCGAGAUCCUCGGCCUGCUGGACCACCCCUUCCUGCCCACGCUCUACUCCCACUUCCAGACCGACAAGUUCUGCUGCCUCCUCAUGGAGUACUGCUGCGGCGGCAACCUCCACUCGCUCCGCCAGAAGCAGCCCAGCAAGCGGUUCACCGAGGACGCCGCCAGGUUCUACGCGUGCGAGGUGCUGCUUGCGAUGGAGUACCUGCACAUGCUGGGCGUGGUGUACCGGGACCUCAAGCCCGAGAACGUGCUCGUCCGGGAGGAAGGCCACAUCAUGCUCUCCGACUUCGACCUCUCCCUCCGCUGCUCCGUCAGCCCGGCGCUUGUCCGCUCCCCGUCCGGCCGUGUCAGCGCCGGUGGCCUCGCCCACGGCUGCAUGCUCCCACGCAUCCUCCCGGGCAAGAAGAAGAAGAACAAGGCUAAUAAGGCCAAGCUGGACGACGACGAGACGGUGACUAGUGGCAGCGUCGUCGGCUGCAAGAAGCCGUCGUCGCUGGAGUUCACGGCCGAGCCGACAAGCGCGCGGUCCAUGUCGUUCGUGGGCACGCACGAGUACCUGGCGCCGGAGAUCAUCCGCGGCAACGGCCACGGCAGCGCCGUCGACUGGUGGACCUUCGGCAUCUUCCUCUACGAGCUCCUGCACGGCGCCACGCCCUUCAAGGGCUCCGGGAACCGCGCCACGCUCUUCAACGUCGUCGCGCAGCCGCUCAGGUUCCCCGACACGCCGGCGGUCAGCGCCGCUGCCAGGGACCUCAUCCGGGGACUGCUGGCGAAGGAGCCGCACAACCGGCUCGCGUCCCGGCGCGGCGCCGCCGAGGUGAAGCAGCACCCCUUCUUCGAAGGCGUCAACUGGGCGCUCAUCAGGAGCGCCCAGCCGCCAUACAUCCCCGACGCCGCCGUUGACCACUGCCCCCAGUUCGCCUGCGACGACGGAGCGUCGGCGCAAGGUGCCACGCCCAAGAGCGCCGCACGGAAAACCGGAUCGCGUCACGCUGAUUCUGAUUCGUCGCAUGUUGAUUUUGAGUACUUUUAG